AUGUCUUCUUUAGCACUUGUACUUACUCUUCUUUUUUUGGGUAUCUCAACUUUACAAGCUGAGUAUUAUGCACCUCUUCCUUAUAGUUAUGCACCUCUUCCUUAUAGUUAUGCACCUAAUACUAAAAAAACUAUGAAUGUGAUUGAUUCUUGUUGGCGUACCAAAUCAAAUUGGGCCAAGAACCGCCGUGCAUUGGCUGAUUGUGCCGUCGGCUACGGCAAAGCUGCUAUCGGAGGUAAAUUUGGUGCCAUAUAUGUCGUUACUAAUCCAUUGGACGACCCCGUAAACCCUAAACCAGGUACACUAAGAUAUGGUGUAAUCCAAUCCAAACCACUAUGGAUUACUUUCGCCAAAAACAUGGUUAUAACACUAAAGAAUGAGCUUAUGAUAAAUAGUUACAAGACUAUAGAUGGAAGAGGAGCUAAAGUGGAGAUUGCAUAUGGACCUUGUAUCACAAUUGCACAUGUUAGCCAUGUGAUUAUACAUGGGAUUAGCAUCCAUGAUUGUAAGCCUGGUAAGAAGGGCAUUGUGCGGGAUAGUCCGGUGCAUGCCGGCCAUCGUGGCGGCGCUGACGGAGACGGUAUUGAUAUUUUUCAAUCUUCUCAUAUUUGGAUCGACCAUUGCUAUCUUGCACGUUGCACCGAUGGUCUUAUUGACGUUAUUCAUGCUUCUACUGCUGUUACCAUUUCCAACAACUACUUCACUCAGCAUGACAAAGUUAUGUUAUUUGGGCACAAUGAUAACAAUAUAGAAGACAAGGUUAUGAAAGUCACGGUAGCCUUCAACUACUUUGGCCCUGGUUUAAUAGAACGAAUGCCAAGAGUUAGGCUAGGUUAUGCUCAUGUGGCCAACAAUCGCUACGAAAAAUGGUUGAUGUAUGCUAUUGGUGGAAGUGCAAAUCCAACCAUCUUCAGUGAAGGAAAUUAUUUCAUGGCAUAUAAAUCCACACAAGUUACGAAGAGGGAAGCAAAGAAUGGGUGGAAGAAUUGGAAGUGGAGGUCUUCAAAGGAUAAAUUCAUGAAUGGAGCAUAUUUUAUACCAUCUGGAUAUGGAAGUACAAAUCCAUAUUACUCAAAGGCUCAGUCAUUUCCUGUGGCUGAUGGAUCUAUUGUUCCUUCUUUAACUGCUGAUGCCGGACCUUUACGUUGCACAUCCUAUAAAUGUUAACUUUGAAUUUUAAUUUUUGUUUUUGCGAUUCUGGCCUGGAAGUGCAGGCUAUUUUUCUUUUAUUUACUCUCCAACUUUGUUUUUCUUCUACCAAAAAACGGGGAGUCUUAAAACUUAGAAUCCCUGAGAAUGAGAUGAGUACUGAAGAGUACUGUGUUGAGAUCCAUUUUGGAUAUUCCAUUGAUCCUUAAAAAAACUUUUAUGUAAAUAUAU